AUGCACGAGUUGGGUGAGAGGCCCGCACCACCAUUGCUUCGGCGCAAUGGCAAACCGCAUUCGUGCGAGCCCUGUCGCAUCUCUAAGGUCAAAUGUGACCAUACCGUUCCCAUUUGUAAAAGAUGCGAAACUCGUGGAAUUGUGUCCAAGGCAAGGCUUCCCCCCAGAUAUGUGCUUUUUCGGAUAUGGCUGUUGACCAAUGACCAGUGCUACUAUCAUCCAGCGCCAUUGACCAAGCAGACAAAACCAGCACCUGGUAACGAAGGGACGCAAGAGCGGCCAAGCAAGCGCAAAAGGUCGACUCCACGGACAGACUCACCCGCUCAGACAAACCGGGGAGAAUCCAUCGGCGCAUCGCUUCUUUCCCCUCCCAACAGCAACCUAGAGUCUGGGGCAACGAUCAGCCACAAUGCCUAUCUGGGUUCGACGAGCUUUCUUUCGGUCUUCCAUGACACUGCUCCCCAGCUCUCGAAUCUCGGUAUUCAGCCAUUGCCACCGGAGCUAGCACGCUGGCAAAACAAGCAUCUCUCCCUCCAGUCCCAGCUUUUUAGGCUGCUUUCUGCUUUCGAUCUCUUCGAGAAGCUCAUUGAAAUCUACUAUGAGCCCGGCUUGUUUACCGUCAUCCCUGCUCCGUUGAUCUUGGACGCGCUUCGUUUUACCCGGAAGCAUCUGGAGGGUGAAGACUUGUCCAAUCCAAAGCAGAAAAACCUGUACCGAAAGAUCAGUCAGAAUACGGCCAAGCCGCUCCAAGUCUCGGACACAGCGACGGCAGAAGAGUUUUACCAGUCAUUCACCGGUGAGAAUCUGAGAUGGGAGUUUAUAGGGGUUAUUUUCGUCAUGGCCGGGUUGAGUGUGGUCAGUGGAUUAAAUCCCCCUGUUGACAACCCGACGAUCCGUUUUGGGGACGGAGAACCGCUCACGAAGCAGUCUUUUGCGACUCAAAUGGUGGCUGCCAGCAACGAUAUAAUUGAGAUAUGUCGACAGCAUGAAAAGAUCAAUGAUCUUAUGAUAUGGUUGGAGCAUACGCAUUGUGUUCUCACUUCAAUGGUCCUUGACGAGACAAGCUAUAUCGUCUAUAGAGGGUUUGGGACACUAGUAUCUGACAUGUUUGCAAUGGGAUACCACCGUCAACAGCCUCCCGGACCCGGGAUCCCUUUUUUCCUUUCUCAAACUCGCAAGAGGAUAUUCUCGGCAGCAUAUCGCUCGGAUAAAAAUCUCGCCACAUUCCUGGGCCGGCCUCCAAGGGUUCAGCUCCUUUACUGUGAUAUAACCCUUCCUCUGGACCUAGAUGACGAAAGCUUGAUGUUAACCGGUGAUGCGCUUACGGCGGCGCUUGAAAAUCUCGACGCGGAUGGCUGGAAUUUGGAAAGAACACAGGAAGGGCGAUUCCGCCCAGCAAGCAUCCUCAGGCUCCGCUACAUUAUAGCGGUUCAACGAGAAAAGAUCCUCGAACUUUCUCUAGGACGAAAGCCAGAUAAUUACGUGGAAGUUCUCUACAAAAACCGCGAAGAGUGCCAGAACCUCUGGGCUAGUGUUCCCAAUCAGUUCCGCUACGAUAUAAGUUGUUGGAAAACUAUAGAGCCUAUCGCCUGUAUCGCUAUGCUAGUCAUCUACCUUGAAUACCUUCACAGCCUGUUCCAAAUCCAACGCAUCCUCUGUCAGCAAAACGUCGCCGAAAACUCCUCUCUUCUCAACACCUCUGUCCAGCUCCUCUCCACCGCCCUCCACCUCCUCAAACAGCCCGACCCACACCCCGGAAAUGCAAACCAAUUUCUCCUGGAUCUUCCUCUUCUACGGCCUCCCCGCCGCCGGCGUUCUCGCCAGCGAACUCUACCAAUCCACCCUCUCCUCCACCCCCUGGCCCUCAUCAACCCCUCCCCGCUCCCAAAUAAUCCGCGACCUCAACAUGCUCAUCUCCUGGUGCGAAACCACCGCCCUCCCAUCCACCCCCUCCACACGCGUCUGCGUCGAAAUCACAAAGGUCCUGAGCAGACUGUUGGACGACACCCUUAA